GAAAAACACAAGAGAAAAAAGUAAUUAACAAUGUUUGGAGUAGUGUUCCCCAAUCGAAGCUUCCCUAUGGAUAUCUCCACCUUUGCUCAAAUAGACCCCACCCAUUGGGUCCUUGACAUGAACACCUUUGUUGGGGAAGCAUAUGAUUCGAUUCGAGAAGUCUGCAUAUUCCUCCUCAACAACUUCACGCUGCCACCAGACAAGGCCCUCGCUGUGUAUAUCCAAUCCCCUGGCUCACCUUUCCUCUUUUGUGGUGCAGUCACACUGACUCGACCCUCUGCUGUGCUGUCGCUUCCUUGGCCAGAGCCCGGUGGGCAACUGCAACUCACUGCUGAUGCAACUCCAAUCUCUGCAAAGAUAGGUGUUUCAGUUGAGGAUCUUGCAACACUUCCCUCCCUUGAUGUGGCAGCAGGGCAGAAAAUUGAGAGGUUGGCACUGAAAGUUGGCGAGAAUUUAUUCAAUUUUAUGCAGUCAUUUUGUGGAGUGGAUGGCAGUAAGCUGGUGGUGCCUAUGGAUAUAUUGGAUCGCUGGUUCAAGAAAUUCCAGGAACGUGCAAAGCGAGAUCCAGAAUAUUUGAAGGGCUUCGCUUUGUAGUUGGGAUGGCUGGGAAGGACAUCUGCAUGUAUGAAGUUUCCUCUGUUUUCUCUUUGGAGGAUUGUCAUGAGAAUAUAAUGAGUUAAUUGUUGUAGGAUUGUGGUAUGCCAUUGGUCAGUAUUUGGUUAAAACUUUGGGCGACAACCGUUGUCUAAUGUUUGAUUAUUAGAAAUGAAUUACAAUCUUAUCAUUUCAGUUCCA